AUGUGUCUGCGAGAGAGGAUGCUGAAGAGGGAGAUGGCUCGGCUGCUGCGGGAGGUGGAGAGGCAGGAGAAGGCCCAGGAGAGGAGGAGCAGCUUUUCCUGGGGGCCCCAGCUCUUUGCAGCCUUGCAGCACUGGCAGCUCUGGGCCGUUGCUGCAGCCCUGCUCCUGCUCUGCGGGCUCUGCUGGAGGCUCAGGAAGAGGAGCUGUUGGUCAGCCAUCAGCAGGAAAGAGGGCAGCUCUGGAAACAGCGCAGGGAAGGAGAAACAAGAAGAGUUCACCAUGGUGGAGGAACUGAUGGAUGAACUUCUCCGUAUGUGCCGAGAACUUUCCAGGAGGAGCUUCUUGCCAGAACUCGGGCCUGCUGUCAUCAGGGAGAGCACCUCAGAGGGCUGGAGUCACUGUGAGCCUGACCAUAUCUACCAGGUCCUUGUGCCCAUCCGCCCACCCCGUGGGCACACCUUCCACCUGGAGCUGUGCAGUGAGGAGGAGAUGCCUGUGGGAACCUACAGGCUCCGUGUUGAGCUGGAGUGCAUCUGCACACAGCACAUGCUGUGCUUCCUCCACCACCCUGAGGAGGAGCUGAGGAAGAAGCAGGCUCCCAGGCUCCUAGACACCCUCUGCACUGGUCCCUACUUGGACACUGAUAAAACCUACUUCUGGCUUCAUACCUUGAUAAAUGCAGCCUGGGUGCUUAUGCCUAAACCGGGACGCUGCCACCUAACGGUGCUGCCCUCCAGCCACCUCUGCAAGCUCUUGCUGACCUUCUCUUCCAAUAGUCAUGUUGAGAUUGCUAUCACAUUUGGGGUGCAGCGAGGUGACUCGGACACCUUCACGAGCAUCAAGCAGGCAGAGGUCUAG